UGCUCAUUUAAUCAACAUAUGAAUAAAAGUUUUUUUGCUCAUUUGUUGAUUAAAUGAGAAAAUGACUCCGCGUGUAAGGUACACCCGAUGUAUAUAACAAAUUCUGUUACUCGUAGUUUAUUUAUCACAAAGAUACAAAGUUAAAUCAAGAAGAAGCAAGCAUGUUCUCAUGAGUCUCACGGUCUUUCAUCUCAUCUCAGGAAAAAAGAAGAAGAAAAAAAAAAAAAAAAGAGAAAUGGCUUUAUUUGUGCACAGAUUAGGCCCAACACAAACUAUAUGCUCAAAAGCCCAAACACACAAAUUUCCAUCAAGAUUUCAAAAUUUUCCAUCAACUUCUUCCCUAUAUAAACGUUACCCGAGCUCCCGCCAUUCAUUUCACCAUUCACACAAAUCAUCAUUUUCAGAGAGAAAACUAAAGAGAGAAAGAAAGCUAGAGAGAGAAUUCUAGAGAGAGAGAGAGAGAUGAGGAAGAGAGGAAGAGCAGCGACGAAGAAGACAUCAGCAGCUGAUUUCCUAGCAUCGCCACCAGAAGGAAAUGCAGUGAACACUCGCAAGAAGUCUACCGAAUUAUCGCCGGAAAAAUCCUUCGAAUUCAAGCUCAAUUCUCCGGCGUCAAACUCUGGAACUCGCCGGAAAUCGUCGCUGAAGUCUUCGCCGCAACGCAAAUUGGAGGCGUUGUCUUCGAUUUCGGAGUUGAAGGAAAUGGUGUCGUCUCAAUUGGACUCGAUCAAGCGACAGGCUGAUCGCUCUCACUCUGAUAUAAUCAAGGAGGUCGAAUCCACUAAUUCUCGCCUUCACAAACGCUUGAAGAUUCAGGCUCAAGCAUGUCAGCAACUCAUGGAUGAGACAGAUAAGGAAUUUAAGAAGAUGUCUGAAAGGAUUGCUGAAAGCUGUGAUGCAAUGAAGAGUUCAUAUGCUGAGUUUAUGGGGGAUGCACAAACCACUGCAACUCGUGUGUGUAAGACAACCAUCCCUGAGAAAGCAGAUUUUUAUGAGAAAGCUAUUAAUUCUCUGCGGAACCGCCAUGGGAUCUUUCCAGCUGCUUAAGCUGCUUUGUGCUGUAUCCUGGUGACCUGGGACAAGCUGCUGCAAAUCUGCAAUUCAGACAGUUUGGUGUCAGAAAUAUCGAGUGAGAAACUUAUGUAGAUGCCCUGGCCUAUCUAGUCAUUAGUGUCAGUACAAAGGAUUAUAAUCACGUAGAGAGCAUUCUAUUUUAGCAGGUAAAUAGGUGAGAAACAUAUUACUGCAGUAAGUUGUGAAGGAGAAACACAUUCAUGAGAAAGGGCUAUAAGAAAUCUAACACAAACUGAGGCUAUUCUA